AGAGGGAUCUCGGAUACGAAUCGUGUUUGCAAUUGCCUUGCAGCAAAGCCAUCAAAACAAGAACAAGAACAAGACUGAUUUGUGCAAUAUUUAUUUAGUUUAAAUUAUAGAGAUAAAAAAUGGAUGAACUAAGAGAUCGCAGCAUACAUCACACGACUAUCAAAAUUUGCGAAGACCUGAAAAAUUAUAGUCAGUAUAAAACUUUGUUUGAUGAUAUCCAGAAACUGGUUUCGACCCCAGCAGUAAAAGUGGAUGAUUUUAAAAAUUCGUUGUUAAGAGCCAUGCAAGAGAACGGUCUAGAUGCUGAGCUAAAAAACAACAUUUACAGAUGGGUAAAGUCGAAGAAAAAAGAAACCAGUCAAUACGACUCGUUUUUUAGGAAAGCCCAAAUUCAUUGGGAUAAAAGAAUUCAUAAGUCGCUAAAUUCUAUGUCAAGUGAAUUAGGUAUAAGUUUGGCGAGAUUACGAGGAACAAACGAAAAGGAAGAAAUUUGCAAUAAAUGGAACGAACUUAGUACAUUUGAGACAGACGUUCACAAAUAUAGACCCGUAUAUGCACCUAAAGAUUUUUUGGAAGUUCUUCUAACACUUAAGGGACCUUAUAAAGAUAGGGGAAAAUGCGAUAACAUUAAAUGGGAAUUCGCUCAGGUGCCUAUUAAAGUGAAAAAUUUAUCAGAACUAAGAACCUUAUAUAUAGAAAUGGCCAGGGGAGAAUAUAUAUUAAACAACAACAAUUUCGUUCAUAAUCAAAAUUUUCCAGUGCUGGAAGCUGAAAGAAUAGCAUUGGGUGAGAGAGUUUUAGCAAAAAAUUAUGCACCAUUAGCGCAGGAGUAUUUAAAAAAAGGUUGCCCAAAAUGCCUUAGAUCCAAGGUAUGGACCCUGUUAUUGGGAGCGGAAGUAAAACCGACGCAAAUAAAUUAUUUUGAAAAUUUGAAAACGAGUGUUCUGCACUAUGAUUUGCUGAUCGACAAGUUGAUUAUAAAAGAUAUUUGUUUAACUGCUUCGAACGACGAUCAAUAUUUUGUUUUUGAAGACGUUUUAUAUCAAGUUAUGUUGUGUUUUUCCAGAGACUCAGAAAUUCUCAAACAGCUUCCAAAUCAACCAGCAUUCAUGCAAGUGGGCCUUAAAGGAAGACCCAAUACACCAGAAAAUGUUUUGGUAUUUCCUCCAAGUGGGGUAAUUCCUUUUCAUGGGUUUACUAUGUACGCUGCGCCGUUCUGCUACCUAUUUAAUAACUCAGUCGAGUUAUAUUUUGUCUUUCGCGCAUUCUAUUUGAGAUAUUGGCAUAAACUCCAUCGACUCUGCGCAUCACCUCAGGGAAUCAUUGCUUUGUGUCUGCAGUAUGAGAAACUGUUGCAAUGCUAUGAACCAAAUUUAUGGAAUCAUUUCAAGAAGUGCAAAAUACAUCCAUUAAGAGUAGUAAUUAAAUGGAUCAUGCGUGCAUUCAGCGGCCACCUUCCCCCGGAACAGCUACUCACCCUCUGGGACAUGAUCUUAGCCUACGAUUCACUGGAAAUCAUACCAUUACUGGCAGUAGUCAUAGUUAUUUUUCGCAGAGAGAACUUGAUGAAAGUGAACACUCUAGCCAAUAUAGAAGCUGUUUUGGCGGAUCUCAGCUCGAUCGCUGUGGUGCCACUAUUACAGAUGGCGCUUAUGAAAGAAAGUUAAAAAUGCAUUUUUGAUUAAUAAAAAAUUAAACGCUUUUCCUUUUAAACCUUAAAUAAAACAAGUUGUGUUUAGAAAAAUAAAUCUAUUUCUCUUU